AAACAAAGGCAGCCGGAGCAGCCAGCCGCGCUCAGCAUCCAGGAGACAUCGGACUUCGUUAGUCAUUAUCUGCAAGUAUGACCCCAUCUCAAGUUACCUUUGAAGUAAGAGGACCAUCAGUACAAGGAGAGGUUUUUGCAAUAUGUGGGAGUUGCAGCGCUUUAGGAAACUGGAAUCCUCAAACUGCAGUGGUCCUUCAGACUGAUGGUAAGUUAUGGAAAACUACUGUUGAACUUACUAGAGGAGUUGCUGUUCAGUAUCGAUAUUUUAAAGGGUGCUUCUUAGAACCCAAGACUAUCGAUGGUCCUUGCCAAGUCAUAGUUCACAAGUGGGAGACUCAUCUACAUCCACGAUCAAUAACCCCUUUAGAAAAUGACAUCACUGUUGAUGAUGGACAGUUUGGAAUCCAUAAUGGUGUUGAAACUCUGGAUUCUGGGUGGCUGUCCUGUCAGACUGAAAUAAGAUUACGUCUACAUUAUUCUGAAAAACCGCCUGUCUCAAUAUCCAAGAACAAAUUUAAAAAAUCUAGGUUUAGGGUGAAGCUGACUCUAGAAGGCUUGGAGGAAGAGCACGAUGAUGACCACCAAGAUAAAACUGUUACUCAGAAAAUAUCAAACACUCUGGAGAUCUCCUUAAUAAGUGAUACUGAAUACAGAUCUCGGCACUCUCAACCAGAAUGUGGUUAUGGUUUGCAGCCUGAUCGAUGGACAGAAUACAGUAUACAGGCAAUGGAACCAGAUAACUUGGAAUUAGCCUUUGACUUUUUUGAAGAAGAUCUAAGCGAAAGAGUAUUACAAGGAGAUGAACUUCCAGGCCAUGUGGGUACUGCAUGCCUCUUAUCUUCCAUGAUUGCAGAACUGGGAAAGAGUGCUGGAAUUCUCACACUUCCUAUUAUGAGCAGAAAUUCAAGAAAAACCCUUGGAAAAGUAAGAGUGGACUACAUGAUUAUAAAGCCGAUAUCGGGAUACAGUUGUGAUAUGGAAGCUUCAUAUGCUAAAUACUGGAGACCAAGAACAACACUAGAUGUUGGACAUAGGGGCGCAGGAAACUCUACAACAACUACCAGACUUGCUAAAGUUCAGGAGAACACUAUUGCUUCUCUGCGGAGUGCUGCUAGCCAUGGAGCAGCAUUUGUGGAAUUUGAUGUACAUCUUUCUAAGGAUCAUGUGCCUGUUGUAUAUCACGAUCUUACUUGUUGUAUGGCUAUGAAAAAGAAAUUCGAUGCUGAGCCAUUGGAAUUGUUUGAGAUCCCAGUAAAAGAACUUUCAUAUGACCAACUGCAAUUAUUAAAGCUGGCUCAUGUGACUGCCUUGAAAUUAAAAGAUCACAAUGCAUCUUUUAAAGGGGAGGAAAGCCCUGUUUCUGAGAACCAACCAUUUCCGUCUCUCCAGACGGUUCUGGAAUCCCUUCCUGAAGAUGUCGGGUUUAACAUAGAAAUAAAAUGGAUCUGCCAACAAAGAGAUGGGAAAUGGGAUGGCAACCUGUCAACCUAUUUUGAUAUGAACCUCUUCUUAGAUAUCAUUCUAAAAACUACUCUAGAAAAUGCUGGAAGAAGGAGAAUUAUAUUUUCUUCAUUUGAUGCGGACAUUUGCACAAUGGUUCGGCAAAAGCAAAAUAAGUAUCCUGUGUUGUUUCUAACACAAGGAAAAUCUGAUAUUUAUCCAGAACUUAUGGAUCUCAGGUCUCGUACGACUCCUAUUGCCAUGAGCUUUGCCCAGUUUGAAAACUUGCUGGGAAUUAAUGUGCACGCUGAAGACCUGCUUAGGAACCCAUCAUAUAUUCAAGAGGCCAGAUCUAAAGGUUUAGUUAUUUUCUGUUGGGGUGAUGAUACAAAUGACCCAGAGAACAGGAAGAAGUUGAGAGAAUAUGGCAUUCAUGGGCUAAUAUAUGACAGGAUAUAUGACUGGAUGCCUGAACAACCAAAUAUAUUCCAGGUAGAGCAGCUGGAACGUCUAAAGAGAGAAUUACCAGAGCUGAAAUUCUGUACAUGUCCCACUGUUAGCCACUUUAGCACCAUGUCUCUGUGUAAAUGUAGUAAUAGCCUUAUGGAAACGAAUGGCAUAGAUAACUUACCAAAUGCUUAA